AUGCAGGUUGCAGUUCAUCAAGAUGAUGCCGAUAUCUUGCUUAAGCAAAGGAAUAUACUAGACGAAUCGAUAGUUGAAAAAUACAGGGUUGCAGGUCAAAUCACCCAGACAGGGUUGCAAUAUCUUACAUCCUUGAUCAAUAAUUCCUACCACUUGCAAGUUGGCCCCAAGUUCACUAUACAGCAGCUAUGCUUGUUGACUGACUCGUUUCUUAUGGGUUUGCUAGCUAAAGCAUACGCCCACAAGGUCAACGAAAAGGGCAUUGCUUCGCCCACCACUAUCAACGUGAAUGAAUUGCUCAAUGGAUUUGCACCCGAGAUUGACGACGAGCGGGAUUUUUUUUUAAAAGAAGGCGACGUUGCCACGUUGAGUUUGGGAGUUCAGAUCGACGGGUACACGUCGCAAGUGAGCCACACGUUGGUGAUAUACCCACCAAGUCCCACUGAGUUGAAGCCCAGUGGGCCUUUGCUUGGAAACAAUGCCGAUGCGUUAUGUGCCACCCAUGUGGCUGUUGAAGCAACGAUUGCGUUAUUGGGCUGUGCUUUGGCUCCCGAAAAAGUUCCGCAGCCGUUGAAGACUGGAUCCAACGCCAUUACUGGUGCGCAGAUACGUGAGCUUGUUGAUUCCAUCGCUGAGCAGUUCAACUGUGUUGUUGUUCCCGGGUCCAAAGUGAGGAGAAUCCGAAGAUUUUUGGCGGGACAAGCCGAGGGAAUUGUAGCUGAGCGUGACUUCAAGGGUGUUGUUUGGGACGAGUCGCACCAAGAAGCACAGCUUUUGAAAAGGACCCUGGCAAAGUCAACCUCAACCUCAAACUCAACAGAGUUGCAAGCACACGAUGGCAGGAGCAAGCCUGUGGGCACUUCCAACUCCAGUGCUGUGCCAAGCGAUGAAUUUGUCGUUUUCCCAGGGGAAGUUUAUCAAGUCGACUUGCGAAUGAGCGGGUUAAACACGGGCGAGCAACCGCAACAGCAAUUGGGAAUAGUCACUACCGAAGAAGUCGACCAUUUCACAGGUAAGAAUUACAAGCAGAAUGAUUUCAACGCCAAGGCCUCGAUAUUCGUUCGAGAUUUUGCAAUUGUGCAUCAGCUCAAGUUGAAAACUGCUAGAAAGUUGUUGGGAGAAAUCGACAAGUCGUUUUCGGUGUUUCCGUUCAAAUUGGACUUUGCCAGCAAGUCGUUUCCUAUAAAUAUCGAAAGCUCAGAAGAGGAAAUCAAAGAGCUGAUAGAGAAGAUCAAGGAAGAACUCAAGAGCUUCAGGUUAGGGUCGGCCGAGUUGAUCAAUCGCCACCUUGUGCAAUCAAAGCCUAUCCAAAUCACCAAAUUUGUUGCCUUGAAAGAAAUUCUUUCGAGUGCCAACCCAACGGGUAAGCAUGGCAUCGACGCAAACAAGCCCGUUUUGCCCGGGAUGGAAAUCCCCUUGCCGCAACUAGGCAUAUCUUCGUUGAAACUAAAGUCAUUGUUGAAGACAGGCGCAAACAUUUCCAACGUCAGAGAAUCGUCGACUAUUCUUUUAAAUCAGGACAAGAAUGAAGUUUAUAGAUUGACCGGGGGAGAGUCCACCGCUAAAAUGAGCUGGGUCCAUUCUCAGUACAAGUUAUCCCACGAGUUGUUCCAAGUUGUGAAUCAUUUGGUCCAAUUGACAAAAGACACCAGGUUUGGUAUCAAGGUGAAAGAAGUUGGUCCUUACAAAAUGAAGCAACAAAACUUGGUUGUCGAGUCGAUGCAAGUAGAUUAA